GGAAAUUACGCACCGGGAUCUCAGCAGAGGAGUUUGCCAACAUGCCUGUUAACUGGAAUAUAACUUUUCCACGGCGGUCCUAUGGAAUAUAGUCCGAUUUUACACAAUCUACAUGUUGUGCCACCAUCCCACGUGAAAAACAAACUAUUUGUGUUCUGCAUAAUGCUGUCUAUCUGGGUGUAUAUGAUGUAUUGUUGUGUUGGCUACUGCUCAACUGUGCCAAAUCAGUCGGCGAAGAGAUACGACAACGACUCAGAAGUUGACAAUCAGGAGUCGUCUCUCGGGGCGUCCAGGGACUUACUGAACAACGAGAACGAUUUGGACAGCAGAGGCGACGACUGGGAUGAAAUUAGAGGCGAGGCGAAGGCGUCGGAUGAGAAUGCCAUGUCAGGUUCCCUCAACGAGUCGGAGAGUAAAAAGUUGCCCCAGGCGAUCAUCAUCGGGGUGAAGAAAGGAGGAACCCGGGCGCUGCUGGAGUUCCUGCGCCUGCAUCCAGACAUCCGAGCGGUGGGCGCAGAGCCGCACUUCUUCGACCGCAACUACGACAAGGGGCUGGAGUGGUACAGGGAAUUGAUGCCCAAGUCAUCCGAGGGCCAGUUGACCAUGGAGAAGACCCCCGGCUACUACGUCACCAAGGAGGUCCCCGGAAGAAUCUACACCAUGUCUAAAGACACAAAGCUAGUUGUCGUUGUCCGGGAUCCGGUCACCCGGGCCAUCUCAGACUACACCCAGACUCGCUCCAAGAAGCCGGACAUCCCGUCCUUCGAGAGCCUGACGUUUAAGAACAUGUCAGCGGGUCUGAUUGACACCACGUGGAGUGCGGUUCAGAUUGGCAUGUAUGCGAAGCACCUGGAGCGCUGGCUGCAGCACUUCCCUUCGGAGCAGCUGCUGUUUGUCAGCGGCGAGCGUCUGAUCAGCGACCCCGCAGGUGAGAUGGCUCGCGUCCAGGACUUUCUCGGGCUCAGGAGGGUGGUCACGGAGAAGCAUUUUCACUUUAACCCAGCAAAGGGCUUCCCCUGCCUUAAGAGACCCGAGUGGAACAGCAAGCCGCACUGCCUGGGAAAAACCAAAGGCAGGACCCAUCCUAAUAUUGACCCGGAGGUGGUGCAGAAGCUGCGGGACUUUUAUGAACCCUUUAAUCGCAAGUUUUACCAGAUGACUGGUCAUGACUUUGGCUGGGAUUGAGAAGAUAGCUACAGACUCAUGCUGGUCCCUCGUCUGUGUUUAUUUUCUCUGGAGAUAUUGUUAUACAGUGUAUGUACAUUAUUUGGUGGAUGUGUACAAAGUUCAGAAGUCUAUUUUAUGAUAAUUUAUUGUUAUGAUAUUAACUCACUAAGCUGCCUAACCAGGUUAA